GUAAACAUUUCGAAAAGCCUCGAGCUAACGGAACAACGAACUGAGGAUAAUUUUUUUAACAAAAAGAAAGAAUAUCUCCAAAAAUCAUCAGGCAUCAUACAUGUUUCGUACCGUUCCGGCUGAAGAGAGACCCCAAAAUUGAAUUGGGUGUAAACAGAAGAGCUCGUCUGGGAUGCCUAUUAAUGCUGUCCACGCGGCCACUCGGUAGCGAUGGAUGUCGAUUAUGGGAUUGCGGCCAGGGCAAACGGCCAACGAAAUCUUUGCCCACAGAGCAUCGCGGACUACCACCGAUCGAAUCAUCUCGUUUUGCAGGGACACGGUGGCCCGCAGGUCGAAAAUCUACAGCAGAUCCUCUUCGAGACGGCCAUCAAGUGGAUCGGUAGCUGCGCAAACGUUAUCUUCAUCACACGCAAACCACUGGAGCGCGUAUCGGAAAGCAUUCGUAAUCAGUACAGCGAUUUGUUCAAGAAAAUCGUUUUCUACUAUACUCCGACGUUCGAAGAUGCCCUGGAUAAGCUGGUAGGAUUGCAGAGCUGGCUAAAUCCGUUGCCCGACCUGCUGAUCGUCGAAUCGUUGGACUUGUUGCUGACGGACGGCAAUGAGAUCGAUCCGAUCGAAACGCUAGGCCUUACCGAUUGGAUCGCUCUCCGACAAUCGCUUUUUCUCGCUUGCCUCAGCGAUACCGUGCGAGUCCUGGGAGGUAAAUUGAAAGGCGAUUGCUACAGCAUUGUAAGCUUUAGCGACAGCGCCAACGGUUGCGAUAGCACAGCACUCGCGAUGUUUGCUCGUGAAGAUAAUAUUAUUGAUACCGAUACCAUCCAGGGCCCGUACGACAUCUUAGGGUACCUUGCGAACCUCGAAGCUCUGGCGAUAAACGAAAAUGAAGAAGAGGAUUGUACACGAUAAAGUCGAAUACAACAGCAAACAUUAUUUUAUAUAAGAA